GAAAAAUCUGAGUUGUCUUCUUCAUCUUCUCCUCUUAUCAUUUCUUAGCAAAAUAUUAACCGCUUCACCUCUAUAACCAAAGGCGCUUAUGAAUUUUUCUGAUCCUCUCCUCCGGUGACUCUUUUUGACGAUUAGUGUCCGUUACAUCGACAUAAACGUUCAGACAGAUAUGACUUUGUAUAUGAGUACUGCUCCUUCAGUCACAAAUCUCUUGUCAACUCAUAACAACGUGAUACAAUCACUCGAUAUGUUACCCAUUGAAUCAAACCACUUGUUUAGUUUGAGCAAGACUCUUUGCUUCUCCGCCAGGCAUACAAAGAGUUUCCCAUUAUCACUUACUCAGAUGAAGAUCAGAGUUCCGAGAACCUUAGCUUUUGCCUCAGCGCAAGGGAAAGGCAAAGCUGAAAGCGAAUUGGAGGCUAUCGUUGGUGAAAAUAAUACCUCCACAGAACAUAACUGGAGUUUCGACUUUCCAGAGUCUAAACCUCAGUUUUCUCUACUAGACUCAGAAACAUACCUCUAUGGAGACCAAAACAUGACUAAUGUUCUCGAAAAACUGAAUGCUCUUCGGUCACAUCUAUUAGCAGCAGAGAAGUGGAACACUUCUAAGCUUCAGUCAUGUGACAGCAAAUAUCUAGAAUGUGCAAGAAACUUAAUUCACUACAUGGCUUUGAGGUCAUUGGACACUGAGCAGCUCAACAGUACCCUUACUUCUCUUGGUCUGUCAAGUUUAGACAACAACAACCUGUCUGUUCUCUCCAACCUUGACGCAACCAUUAAUCUUUUAAUGAAGUCUCCAAUGGAAUCUCGGAAGCAGCAGAAGGGUAAAGGAAAGGUAUCAUCAUCAUACAAAGAGUUACUACUUGGUAAGCUUUGUGAGGGAAGAAAAACUCAUAUCAUGGUAACUGUUGGUCAAGAAGCAACCGAGAGUGAAACCUUUAUAACAGACAUUCUCAAAGCUGGAGCUUCUGUUAUCCGCAUAAACUGUGCACAUGGAGACCCAACCAUCUGGGGUGAGAUCAUCAAAAGAGUAAGAAAAACCUCUCAGAUGCUUGAGAUGCCAUGCCGCGUUCUCAUGGAUUUAGCUGGACCAAAACUGAGAACUGGCACCUUAAGACCUGGUCCCUGCGUGAUGAAAGUUUCGCCUAAGAAAAAUGCUUACGGAAACGUGGUUUCUCCUGCUAUUGUAUGGCUCUCUUUAACAGGAACAGAACCUCCUCCUCACCUCUCCCCUGACGCUACUAUAUUCGUGCAAGACCAAGAGUUUCUUGCUGGUCUCCAGAUUGGUGAUUCCGUAAGACUUUACGACGCUAGAGGGAAGAAGAAAGUGCUUAGGAUCUCAAAAGAGUUUGAUGUUUUCUCCAGUACUGGAUAUGUAGCUGAAUGUUUUGACACUACUUAUAUUGAGUCUGGAACAGAGUUAUACGUUAAGGGAAAGAGAGGGAGACGUUUGUUUGGUCAAGUAGUGGAUGUUCCUCCUAAGGAAUCUUUUGUAAGGCUCAGAGUUGGUGACUUGCUAGUUAUAACCAGAGAAGGCUCCUUUGCUGAACACUCUGUAACUGUUCCUGGAGCUCAUAGGCUAACGUGUCCUUCCGGUUACUUGUUUGAUUCAGUCAAGCCAGGGGAAACCAUUGGUUUUGACGACGGCAAAAUCUGGGGAACAAUCAAAGGCACCAGCUCUUCAGAGGUGAUUGUAUCCAUCACUCACGCUGGUCCAAAAGGUACAAAGCUAGGAUCAGAGAAGUCUAUCAACAUUCCUCAGAGUGAUAUUCGUUUCAAAGGGCUUACUUCAAAAGAUAUCAAAGAUCUUGAAUAUGUAGCUUCACAUGCUGACAUGGUUGGCGUUUCAUUCAUACGUGACGUCCAAGAUAUUACAGUUCUUAGACAAGAGCUCAAGAAAAGGAAGCUUGGUGAUGAGAAGCUUGGUGUUGUUCUCAAGAUUGAAACUGAAAGUGGGUUUGAGAAUUUGCCGUUGAUUCUGUUAGAGGCGAUGAAGUGUUUGAAUCCUUUGGGGGUUAUGAUAGCUCGAGGUGAUCUUGCAGUUGAGUGUGGUUGGGAGAGGUUAGCUAAUAUACAGGAAGAGAUUAUGGCUAUUUGCAAAGUUGCGAGAGUACCGGUGAUUUUGGCGACUCAGGUUCUGGAAACACUUGUUAAAUCUGGUGUUCCUAGUAGAGCUGAGAUCACAGAUGCUGCAAAUGGCAGAAGGGCGAGUUGUGUGAUGUUGAACAAAGGAAAGCAUAUAGUUGAAGCUGUUUCGAUGCUGGACACUAUCCUUCAUACCAAGCUUGUCUACAAGAAGCCGGAGUCUGGAAUUCUACACUGAUGUGCUGCUUAUCACUACAAAGAGAACUCGUAGUUUGCUAGGCUAGUCCAUGAACUUGGUAUGUCCGGUUUAGUCCUAGAUGAACAUUGUGUCUUCUGGAGCUGUCUUUGUUUCAAACCAAGGAUUUAGACCGGUUCAUAAUGCCGUUUCUGAAGUGAAGCCUGUAGCCUUGGAAUCUUUAGUUAUUAUAUUCAUAUAAUUCUUUAAGAAAGAGCUUUGAGUUGGGAUUCUUGGGAAUAUAAUAUGUUGUUAGGGUAUGAAGCAAUCAUAUUGAUUAUCAAAGAUAGCAACAUCGAAGAUAUAGCAACAUCGAAGAUUUGGUUUCUUCACCCUAGUGUUUCCCCUUUUGUCUACAAUGAAUCCGAUCCAUGUUCAAGUUUUCG